GGGAAAGGUUUCCUUUGCAGCGCUAAAACAUACAGUCGGCUGGCGCCCAAUUAAUACAUGUGGAAGGAGAAAGUGACCGAAUGGAAGAGUGAGUGUAACUUGAUACAGGUAGUGUUUCGGGAGGAGCCACUCUUUCUUUGAACUUCUACGCAGUGCAAACCGCUGGCGUACGGAAUCGAUGGCCAAAAUGGCGGCGCCAUCCUGGAAUCCGCGAUUAGGACGCUGCCAUGUAUUGCCUGUGAACGUACGGACUCGGCCAUCUUACGGAAUCAGAUUCCAAGAUGACGACAUCUAAGUGGAAGUCGCGCACAGGCGCGGCCAUAGUUCCUGCAAGGUUGUGUCCGUACAAGCGGUCACCGUACGGACUUAGCCCACAAGGUGGCGGUGCCCUCGGAAAAGCAGCCGUAUAGGUGCGGCCAUGUUUCCUGCAAACUUACGGAUUUGGCGGCCAUACGGUCUCAGUAAUCAAGAUGGUGGCGCCUGAGAGACCGUAGAGGCUCUAGGCGGCGGAUCUACUUGUUUGCUGCGGAGCCGACGCAUUAGGCCUGCGCAAUAAGGGUACGGUGCCCGGGAGGCGCGACCAAAGCGGAAGUAGUUUCGGGCGCCUUUACAACGGCCGCGGACGCCACCGAGAGGUCUGUACGGAUUCGCGGAUCGCUGGCGGGGAUCGCUGAGGGGUGCGCCGAGAGCGGAGAGAUGGAGGGUGAUGGUUCAGACCCGGAGCCUCCAGAUGCUGGGGAGGACAGCAAGUCGGAGAAUGGGGAGAAUGCGCCCAUCUACUGCAUCUGCCGUAAACCAGACAUCAACUGCUUCAUGAUCGGGUGUGACAACUGCAAUGAGUGGUUCCAUGGGGACUGCAUCCGGAUCACUGAGAAGAUGGCCAAGGCCAUCCGGGAGUGGUACUGUCGGGAGUGCCGAGAGAAAGACCCCAAGCUGGAAAUCCGUUAUCGGCACAAGAAGUCACGGGAGCGGGACAGCAAUGAGCGAGACGGCAGUGAGCCCCGGGAUGAGGGUGGAGGGCGCAAGAGGCCUGCCCCGGAUCCAGACCUGCAGCGUCGGGCGGGGUCAGGGACAGGGGUUGGGGCGAUGCUUGCUCGGGGCUCUGCUUCGCCCCACAAAUCCUCUCCACAGCCCUUGGUGGCCACACCCAGCCAGCAUCACCAGCAGCAGCAGCAGAUCAAACGGUCAGCCCGCAUGUGUGGCGAGUGCGAGGCCUGCCGGCGCACUGAGGACUGUGGCCACUGCGACUUCUGUCGGGACAUGAAGAAGUUUGGGGGCCCCAACAAGAUCCGGCAGAAGUGCCGGCUGCGUCAGUGCCAGCUGCGGGCCCGGGAAUCGUACAAGUACUUCCCUUCCUCGCUCUCGCCAGUGACGCCCUCAGAGUCCCUGCCGAGGCCUCGCAGGCCACUGCCCACCCAGCAGCAGCCACAGCCAUCACAGAAGCUGGGGCGCAUCCGUGAGGACGAGGGGGCAGUGGCAUCAUCAGCAGUCAAGGAGCCACCUGAGGCUACGGCCACACCUGAGCCACUCUCAGAUGAGGACCUGCCGCUGGACCCUGACCUCUACCAGGACUUCUGUGCGGGGGCCUUUGAUGACCAUGGCCUGCCCUGGAUGAGUGACACAGAGGAGUCUCCAUUCCUGGACCCUGCGCUGCGGAAGAGGGCAGUUAAAGUGAAGCAUGUAAAGCGUCGGGAGAAGAAAUCCGAGAAGAAGAAGGAAGAGAGAUACAAGCGGCAUCGGCAGAAACAGAAGCACAAGGACAAAUGGAAACACCCAGAGCGUGCCGAUGCCAAGGACCCUGCAUCACUACCACAGUGCCUGGGACCUGGCUGUGUGCGCCCUGCCCAGCCUGGCUCCAAGUAUUGCUCCGAUGACUGUGGCAUGAAGCUGGCAGCCAACCGCAUCUAUGAGAUCCUCCCCCAGCGCAUCCAGCAGUGGCAGCAGAGUCCCUGUAUUGCUGAGGAGCACGGGAAGAAGCUGCUCGAACGUAUUCGCCGUGAGCAGCAGAGCGCCCGCACCCGCCUUCAGGAAAUGGAACGCCGAUUCCAUGAGCUCGAGGCCAUCAUUCUUCGUGCCAAGCAGCAGGCUGUCCGUGAGGAUGAGGAGAGCAAUGAGGGUGACAGUGAUGACACAGACCUGCAGAUCUUCUGCGUGUCCUGCGGGCACCCUAUCAACCCACGUGUUGCCUUGCGCCACAUGGAGCGCUGCUACGCCAAGUAUGAGAGCCAGACGUCCUUUGGGUCCAUGUACCCCACACGCAUUGAGGGAGCUACACGACUCUUCUGUGAUGUCUACAAUCCUCAGAGCAAGACCUAUUGUAAGCGGCUCCAGGUGCUGUGCCCUGAGCACUCACGGGACCCCAAAGUGCCAGCAGAUGAGGUAUGUGGGUGCCCUCUUGUACGUGAUGUCUUUGAGCUCACGGGUGACUUCUGCCGCCUGCCCAAACGCCAGUGUAACCGCCAUUACUGCUGGGAGAAGUUGCGGCGUGCUGAAGUGGACCUGGAGCGUGUGCGCGUGUGGUACAAGCUGGAUGAGCUGUUUGAGCAGGAGCGAAAUGUACGCACAGCCAUGACUAACCGGGCAGGAUUAUUGGCCCUGAUGCUGCACCAAACGAUCCAACAUGACCCGCUCACUACCGACCUGCGCUCCAGUGCUGACCGCUGAACCUCACACUGGCCCAGAAGUCCUCACACCUGCAUUCCAGGCCGAGGAGCUGCCCUGAAUCCCCCAUUUGUCUGUUCUGCCAUUCAUAUGUUUCUCCAGUGGUCCUUGAGUUUCUCCCUGUGCCCAUCCACCAUCUGACUACCCAGCUGCCAUUACCAGAGUGUCUCAGAAUCUUCUCCUGUCCUUGUCUGUCCCUCUGUCUCUCCAUUCUCUGUGCCUGGGUGGGACUGUGGAGUCUGCUCACUCUUGGCUCCCCUGUCCUGGUUUUGUUAAUAAAAUUUUGAAGAAUCAA